AUCAGCAGUCACUAGAUGUGAAUCAGGCAAGCACUGUUAGAAGUGAGAAGUCUUCAGUCAGUGACGUCAAGUGUGACGGGGAUGAUACUAUUCAGUGGAAGAAAGGCAACGUAUUAGGACGAGGAGCCUUUGGCACAGUCUGGUGUGGUUUAACCAGCGAGGGGCAGCUAAUUGCUGUCAAACAGAUUGAACUGACCACCAUGGACAAGUCAAAGGCUGAAAAUGAAUAUGAAAAAAUUCAAGAAGAAGUUGAACUUUUGAAGACUCUUGAACAUGUCAACAUUGUGAGUUAUUUAGGUACCAGUCUGGAGGACACUGUAGUCAGCAUCUUCAUGCAGUUUGUCCCUGGUGGUUCUAUAGCCAACAUCCUUGCCAGAUUUGGUGCACUGGAGGAGUCAGUAUUUAGGCACUACACCAAACAGAUUUUGGAAGGUGUGAAUUAUCUCCAUGAAAAUGAUGUCAUUCACAGAGAUAUCAAAGGGGCCAACGUGAUGCUGAUGCCAAAUGGUGUGAUCAAGCUCAUUGACUUUGGUUGUGCCAAACGACUUUGCAUCAACAUGAGCAUGUCCCAGACUGAGCUUCUAAAAUCUAUGAAUGGCACACCUUUUUGGAUGGCUCCAGAAGUUGUCAAUGAAAGUGGACAUGGAAAAAAAUCUGACAUCUGGAGCAUAGGAUGCACAGUGUUUGAAAUGGCAACACGCAAGCCUCCUUGGGCUGAUAUGAAUCCAAUGGCUGCCAUAUUUGCUAUUGGGUCUUCUUCCCGGCCUGUACCUACACUUGGGAGCAGAUUUUCCCACGAUGCCAGGGAUUUUGUUAGUCAGUGUAUGACAAGAGACCAGGAGGCCAGACCAGGAGCUUUAGAGCUUCAGGGACAUCCCUUUAUCACCAAGCAGGCUAGUAGAAGACUAUCCAAGAGUGGAGACUGA